GGCACCCGCGCCCGGCUUCCGCGGGUUUGCUAUUGGGACGGUCGCGUCCGGGCUGCCCGGGGCUGGCCUGAGCCCUUGGGUCUCUGGUGACGGGUAGAGGCGGCCGCAGGCUCAGGACCUGCUCGUUUCCGCCUCGGACGCCACGGGCUGACCUUGGCCGCUGCUCGUUGGCUGUUCUUGCUGACCUUGGUCCAGGGUCGGCGCCGAUGGCAGCUUGGGCCGCCGUCAGCCUGAGCAGGGUCGCUGCCCGGUGCUUGCCGGGGGCGCGAGGCCCCGGGGUCCGGGCGGCUCUUCCGCCCCCCCGCGCGGCUUCCCAGCCUGAGCCCACGGGCUGUACCCCCGCUCUGGGCAGGACGCUGCACCUCACCGCGGCGGUCCCCGCCGGGCACAACAAGUGGUCCAAAGUCCGGCAUAUCAAGGGUCCCAAGGACGCCGAAAGGAGUCGCAUCUUCUCCAAGCUCUGUUUGAGCAUCCGCCUGGCAGUUAAAGAAGGAGGCCCCAACCCUGAGCACAACAGCAGUCUGGCCAACAUCUUAGAGGUGUGUCGCAGCAAGCACAUGCCCAAGUCAACGAUUGAGGCAUCGCUGAAAAUGGGGAAAACCAAGGAUGUUUAUUUGCUGUAUGAGGGCCGAGGCCCUGGUGGCUCUUCUCUGCUCAUUGAGGCAUUAUCUAACAGUAGCUCCAAGUGCUAUUCAGACAUCAGACAUAUCCUGAACAAGAAUGGGGGAAUGAUGGCUGAUGGAGCUCGCCACUCUUUUGACAAAAAGGGGGUGAUCGUGGUUGGAGUGGAGGACAGAGAGAAGAAAGCUGUGAACCUAGAGCAUGCCCUGGAGCUGGCAAUCGAAGCAGGAGCUGAAGAUGUCAAGGAAACUGAAGACGAAGAGGAAAAGAACAUUUUUAAAUUUAUUUGUGAUGCCUCUUCACUGCAUCAAGUGAGGAAGAAGCUGGACUCCCUGGGCUUGUGUUCGGUGUCCUGUUCACUAGAAUUCAUCCCCAACACAAAGGUGCAGCUGGCUGACCCCGACCUGGAGCAGGCCGCCCUUCUCAUCCAGGCUCUUGGCAACCAUGACGACGUGAUCCAGGUCUAUGACAACAUUGAGUAACCAGGCUCUGUGUGCCCCCGGGGGCCUUCUUAGGCAACUGGCAGCUCAUUCUGGAGCACAGGCUUCUGCAGCGACUCUGAGACUGAAGCAGAUUGGAGGCCUAGCAGGUUAGGAGGCAUAAAACCAAGACCUGCAGCUUUGUGGCCAAGGGAAUCACCAACUCCGUGGGGCCUCUUUGUCAGCUCUGCUGGUGUCUCAGAGCCCUCCUGGCUGCAGGGUGGAGCCAGCCGGCUAACCAGACUCUGAUCUUAGGAAGUUGGCCCUUGUGGGCAUGGCAGGUGCCCUGAGGGCCCUUGUACUAGAAACUGCUCUUAAAUAAUGUGACUGAUCUGAGUUGCUAUACUCCUGUUGUAUGGCUCUUGAGUUUUCCUGGGUUUUUAUCCAGCUGUUGGGAUGCUCUUGACUUCCUUUGAAGUCUGUAGGUUUAGUUUCACUACUCCAGUCCCAGCCCUUUUUUUUUUGACCAGAGAAAUGUAGCUCUCUACAGGGACCACUCUGUGCUCUAAUGCUGGUCUGGUGGCCUAAAGCUGUCAUUAAUCAUGCAAAUAGUAUUUGUCAAACACCUGUGUACCAGGAACUGCACUUAACCAGGAGCACAAGCUGUUCAGUUGGUGCCCUGUGUUAGAUCCUGCUCUAAGACAUAGGACCUCAGAGGUCAGACACAGGACUGCUGUCUGCUGGAACUACCCUAGGGCAGUGUGAACUGCUGUGCAUGCAUCCUUGUUCUCUUCUUGGGGCCUCUGUGCCCUCCUUCUGCCAGACAGCUUAAGGCUCUAACACAGUAGGAAAUCAAGUGCCAAUGAUAAGGGACUCCCAGGCCCUGCCUCACCCAGGCCCCAUGUGUUCUGAGAUUGGUCAGAGCAGACCUGUCAGCAGAUUGGACUGCUCUCAGGAAAGGCUACGCCAAGCUGGCUUUGAAAGCUACUUGAUCGCCAGAAUGCCCGCCCUAGCUCCUUUUCAUCCCUGCUGCCGAAUGAUGCGGCACGGAACUGGAGAGGAAAUGAGAGUAGAAGGAGGGUGAAGGACUGAGUCAGAGCCUAGCCAGCUGGGAAAGAGGACCCUUCGUACCUUUGGCUCCUAAGUGUCACUUUUGGGUUUAGAGAGACCGGGAGUGCCAGUCACCUGUGCAGGGGCCUGUCACACAUGUCAGGCCUGGAGUGGCUUUUUGAUCAUUUAUUCUCCCUUAAUUCGUUCUGUACUAGGCAGGACCCAGAAGACUUGCUCAUCAGGUGGAGAAGGGGCCCUUUGUCCCAUUUUUCCCUUCUAUAGCCAUAUGAUGUCCAGGUCUUAAAAUGUAGCACCAAGACUGGAAUCUUAAAUGAUGAGCAAUGUCUUUGCAUCCCCUAAACUGCAAUCAGGGCAGAAAGAAGGGGAUGGGGAUAUGUUUGGAUUUUUUCCCUUGCCUGGUGGUAGCUACAUAAUCUCCUUCAGAAGUAUGCAUGUCGGGCGCCUGGGUGGCUCAGUUGGUUAAGCGACUGCCUUCAGCUCAGGUCAUGAUCCUGGAGUCCCCAGAUCAAGUCCCGCAUCGGGCUCCCCGCUCAGCGGGGAGUCUGCUUCUCCCUCUGACCCUCCCCCAUCUCAUGCUCUCUCUCUCGCUCUCUCUCAUUCUCUCUCAAAUAAAUAAAUAAAAUCUUUAAAAAAAAAAAAAAAGAAGUAUGCAUGUCUAUAUUCCAAAGGCUGGGUGAGAAAUGGCUUUUUGAUCCCUGUUACUCACCUACUCAUAAGUCGUGUAAGCCAGUUCUGAGAUCAGAGUAAUUUUCCUGAAGGAGCUUCAGGUAAAUGAGGAGAACAAAAACCAAAUUGGCUGGCUAUAAAUAAUAACUUCAGCUUCUAGGAAAACAGAUUACUAAUUCCAUGAUGACUUUAACAGUUGGAGAGCAAAGGCUAAGGAAAGAAAAACCAAUGAAAUAACCCACAAAAUGCCAAAGCAUAUCUCUUAUACCUAAUUUCAUAAUCAUGAUACCACCUGGCAUUCUUUAGUUGUUUUUUUUUUUUUUUAAGAUUUAUUUGUAAGCGAGAGAGCAGGGGGAGGGGCAGAGGGAGAGAGAGAGAAUCCCAAGCAGGCUCCACACUCAGCACUGAGCCCAACGCAGGGCUCGAUCUUAUGACCCUGAGAUCAUGACCUGAGCUGAAAUCAAGAGUUGGAUGCUUAACCAACUGAGCCACCCAGGUGCCCCACAUUCCUUAGUUUUUAAAGGAGAUAACUCAUCCAAAUAGUGCACUUCAAAGUUUAAGUGCUGCUUUGUAAUUUAUAAGAUACUUUUACGUGUUAUUUAUUUUAUUUUCACAGCAAACCUAUAAAAUAAUCAGGCCAAGUAUUUUAUGCACAAAUGGUCUCAUAGCCAAGCAGGUGAGAAUAGGUCUAAUACUACACCUUACAUUGAUAGACCUUGGUUUAUAAAAAUAGUUGUUUUGUAAAUGUUUAAUAUAAUUAUAAUUUGGAAGAAUCUGAUAAUUUCUGAUCUGAGAAAUCUGCACCAGGAGAGUCUGCUCUGGUAGGGAACUUGGCUAUUCAUGUGAAUAGUCCUCUAAUGUAAUAGAUAGGAUUUGCUAAUCAGGACUUUUGUGUAACCAGUUUUCUUACAGCAAGGCUUUGAAUGGUUCUGCACUGACCCCUGGUGGUGCCCUGCAGUCUUUCCUGUGGCUAAUAUGGGAAAGGCAGAAAUGAAGCCUUAUUUGGACCUGUUCUGCCUCUAAGACUGCUAGAGACCCUUAGCUACAUAGGUUAAAUAGUUAAGUAACUAUUUAACUGAAUAGUUAAGUAGAGAGGAUAUGCAUUAUUCUGCCACUAAAAAUUAUUUUUUGAAGAAAUUUUAUGUCAGAAAAUGUUUACAAUGUAAAGUGGAAAACAAAGAUGUAAAGCUAUGUGUAUAAUAUGGUCCCAAUUUUAAAAAUAUAGUCAUACUUUAUGAACUCUAAAAGAAAAAGAGUAGAAGGAAGUGUAUCAGAAUCUCAAAACUGGUUAUCUCUCGGUGGUGAUGUUAUCACUGAGUUUUAUUUUCUAUAAUCAUAUAUUUUAUCAGGGGAAACAUUUUUAAAAAAAGAAAACUAGUCACAUUAUUGUCCAGCUAGGGUGACAGCAGGUGAGAGGCCAGGAGUCAGGCAUACCUUAAACUCCAAAGAAUGAGAUCUGGUCUUGGCUUGGCCUUAUCUUUGGUCAUUGUCUUAGCAGACAAAAUCGUUCAGUGCUUUGCAGCUGGCUUCAGCUCACUUUCAAGUGACCUUCCAUGGGAUGGGAGUAUUUGUGACAGGUUCCGUCCAUAGCCUUGACUCUCACAAGAAGCGUUCACGUGGUAUGUAGCCGCCUUCCCUUUGCCAGAGGCCCCAGCUAAAUCGAACAGGAACCAUGAAGGCUCUGCUUCCAGCCCACAAUGGAAAUUCAGCCAUGGCCUGAGUUACUCUUUUGUUGUUUUGUUUUGUUUUGUUUUGUUUUACUCUCUGAAACUUAUAGCACAACAGUGAAUAAAACUUCACAUUCGAAGAAACCCCAACUUGUAGACUUUUAUUUGAAUCCCUGGGGACUCCUCUGGAGCCAUUCUGAAGAGGAAAUAAAUGAGCCAGUAGGUCUGGCAAGAGUGAGUGUUAUGAUAGAUACCAUACUAGUCUUGACCGGAACUGCUUUCUCCCCUUAUGCCCUCCCCAGACGCUGAACAGGAUAGUAGUUUUUGCUUUUCCGCUUUUUGUCUUUCUUUUGUCCAUGUGAAAGAGGUCUGUGUUUUUGGAAUGAAUAAGUGACCCUCAAAUGGGGGGAUUCCCUACCCCCUUCCUCCUAAGAUAUAACCACCAUUAACAAUCUACUCUGUAUUAUUUUACUCCUUGGAACCAAUCUGCUGGGGAACAGAUUUAAACUCUGCCAAUUGCCAGCAACCUUGGACAAAAAUUUAACCUCUUUGCAUCUAUUUCCUCGUCUACAAAAUGAGUACAAUAGUAUGAUAUCAUAGGGCUAUUUUGACAAGUAAGUUAACAUAUGUUAAGCACUUAAAACAGUGCCUGGCAAUAGUAAGUGCUCAAUAAAUGUUGGCCUUUCACCCACCCCCACUAAGUAUGAAUGAACAUUUUUUAAAACUGAAAUGUGAUCACCUUCUACAUUUCUGCUUUAUAAGUUGUUUUUGUUUUUUUCAUUUCACAAUGUAUCCUGGAUGCUGCAAUGAACAUUACUUACCUUUGCUCACUUGCCUAGUGUUCCUUAGGAUAAAUUUAUAGAAAUGGAAUUUCUAAAUGAAAAGCAAUUUUUCCCUAUUAGUUAAUGUCAAUAAUAUAUAAAAUAUCACAGUUGUAAAAA